UAAAUGCAUUUCGAGAGUUAAAUUAGCUCAGUAGGUUUGUUAAACAUGUCAACGGGCAGUGCCGAUCCAUGGCAAUUGAUAGAUACAAAAACUGAGCAAGAAAACAAAGAAUUCUCGAGCGACUGCGACAGUUUUGAGGAUAAUUUCACAUCCCAGGACCAGGACCAGGAAGGCAACGAAAAAGACUUUGAAUCUACUAAGAAAAGCAAUGAUAGGAACUUCCACGAUCCAUUGCCUGAUUCUAGCAUAUAUUUGGAACAAUUAGAGCGGAAGUUGGCCAAGGUGCAAAAGGGCAGCAAAUUGUUGCAAAAUUUGCAGGACAAGCGGCAGGAUUGCAUGCGUUCACUCCUGUCGGCCAACGGCGUACCAGUCACAAUAUUUGAGCAGCUGCUUGAGCUCGACACACCGAUCGACAGCGGUCGGCUGCAACGUCACUUGCUUCCAGUCCAAGCCCUGACAGUGGGCGAAACCGUGCGCAUAGUGGAACACGACGCUCUGCAGCAGCCCGAAGAGGAGACUGAAGUGGUAGAACACUAGUGGCGCCACAAUGGACUCUACUUUC